AGGGAGUGAGAGCUCGUCACAGCGAUCCUUCCCACAGCAUUACACAAAACGCCUCCGCUGGAGAUUCCAGUGAACAAUCUCAAACAGCAGGUUUGGUGCGCAGAGCCGCCAUCGGACCGGAGCUCCCGCUGACCGUUUAUUCCCGCAGUAACAUGGCGCGUUACCGGACUCUUACAACACUCUGUCUCCUGUGUCUAAUGGAAUGCGUCUUGAUUUCCGCCUUCAACCUGGACACGGAGAACGUGAUCAGGAAAACCGGGGAAAAGGACAGCUUGUUCGGGUUCUCACUCGCCCUGCACCGACAACUCAACCCGUCUGAUAAAAGAAUGCUGCUGGUUGGUGCUCCCAGGGCGAAGAAAAUAUCCGGUCAGCAGUCAAAGAUAACAGGAGGCUUGUACAAGUGCGACAUGAACCCUGCCAGCUCUGCCUGCGACAGAAUAGUUUUUGACAAUAGUGAGGACCUGACAAAGGAGAGCAAAGACAACCAGUGGAUGGGAGUCACAGUCCAGAGUCAAGGACCCGGGGGCAAGAUUGUGACCUGUGCGCAUCGCUACCAGAAGAGACAGUUUACUAACACGCCGCAGGAGUCCCGGGACAUAACGGGUCGCUGCUACGUGCUCAAUGAGCAGCUGGAGAUCGAUGAAAGCACAAGCGACGAGGGUGGAGACUGGAGCUUCUGCGAGGGACGAAUCAGGGGUCAUGAGCGGUUCGGCUCCUGCCAGCAAGGCCUCUCGGUCACCUUCACCAAGGACUACCAUUACAUAGUGUUCGGAGCACCUGGAGGCUUCAACUGGAAAGGUGUUGUCCGCUUGGAGCAGAGGAACAACACGCUGAUGGAGAUGGGGUACUACGAUGAUGGGCCAUACGAGGUCAAAUACAUCACGCCUGAAGGCCUUGACGAUGUGGCCGUCCCUGCUAAUAGCUAUUUAGGAUUCUCUCUCGACUCUGGUAAGAUGCUGACUAAGAAAGGUGAGCUGACCAUCGUCGCUGGAGCCCCAAGAGCCAAUCACAGUGGAGCUGUAGUUCUGUUGAAGAAGAUGGCGGGUUCUGCUACGGACCUUGUCACUGAGUACAUCAUAGAAGAAGAAGGCCUGGCCUCGUCUUUCGGCUACGAGCUUGCAGUGGUCGAUUUGAAUGGAGAUGGAUGGCAGGAUCUUGUAGUUGGGGCUCCUCAGUUCUUCGUGAAGGACGGUGAUAUUGGCGGCGCUGUUUACGUCUACAUCAAUCAGAAGGGAGACUGGGACAAGAGGAUCACAACUAGAAUAGACGGAGCCAAAAACUCCAUGUUUGGGCUGGCUAUUGAAAACCUUGGCGACCUUAACCUGGAUGGAUUUAAUGAUGUGGCUAUUGGAGCUCCAUAUGACGAUGAUGGAUCAGGAAAUGUCUACAUCUAUCACGGCUCAAAGAACGGCCUCGAUAAGGAACCUGCUCAGGUGCUGAAAGGAAAAGACCUAAAUAUUAAGAUGUUUGGUUAUUCUUUAGCUGGUAACAUGGAUUUAGACAACAACCAGUAUCCAGAUCUGGCUAUUGGAUCUCUCUCAGACACUGUGGUCAUGUACAGAGCAAGGCCAGUGGUUAACAUAGAAAAGAUGGUCACAACCACCCCCAAAGAGAUAGACCUCACUAAGAAGAACUGCGGUGACAAUAUUUGUAUUAAGGUGGAUGCGUGUUUCAAAUUUACCUCCAAUUCCAAAAACUACAGGCCUGUCCUUAAAAUCAAAUACUCCAUCCAGGUGGAGACGAAGAGGAAGGAGGACGGACUUCCGUCUCGUGCUGUUUUUGUCCCACCGUCGCCCUCUGACACUAGCUAUGAGAGUACAGGAACAAUAGAUCUUAUAAAGGAGAACCAACAAAUGUGUGUCUCCAAAAAACUUCAACUUCAGGAUAACUUAAGGGAUAAGCUGAGAUCUCUGCCCAUAGAGGUGAACGUGGAGAUCGUAAAGCCAUCAGGACGCAAGAAGAGGCAAAGCACUCUCUCAGAGCUGAGCCCUGUCCUCGCUGCGAGCCAACCCCUCCGUUCUGAGGUCAAUUUUGUGAAAGAGGGUUGCGGCUCCGACCUGCAGUGCCAGAGUAACUUAAAGCUGGAGUGCAAAUUAUGCUCUCGAGAACAAAACCAAGACGUCUUCAAACCACUUAGUCUUGAAAAUGGAUUGCCGGUCAUUUCACUCAGCAACCAGAAGGACAUUGCGCUGGAGGUCAAGGUGACGAAUAAGGGUGGAGACGAUGCGUAUGAGUCAGUUCUAACCGCAUCGUUCCCCGACUCCCUGUCUUACUCCGCAGUUCGCACCAAGUCUACUGACAAGCAGAUCUUCUGCGUGGCUAAUCAGAACGGUUCAAAAGCUGAAUGCGAUCUUGGAAAUCCUUUUAAAAAAGACUCAGAAGUAGUAUUUUACAUUAUUCUGAGCACCGGUGGGAUUUCGGUGGAUACGUCUGAAGUGGAAGUUAAACUUGAAGUUAAAACGACGAGUCAACAAGCACCACUGUUAAUAACACAGAAAGCUAAAGUUUUAAUUGAGCUGCUGUUGUCGGUUUCCGGGGUGGCUAAGCCGUCCCAGCUGGAGUUCUCGGGAAAGGUCUUAGGAGAGAGCGCUAUGAAGUCAGAAAGUGACAUCGGCAGCCAGAUUGACUAUGAAUUCCGGGUGAUAAACUUGGGAAAGCCACUGAAGUCGUUCGGCACGGCGUCUCUGAACAUCGAUUGGCCUAUGAACACAGCUACACAUAAAUGGCUGCUUUACCUAAUGAAGAUCACUACCACGGGUACGGAUAAUAUCCCCUGCACACCAAACAAGGUCAACCCGCUUAGUUUAAGUCAGUCCAGGACCAAACGUGAGAUUAAAGAUCAAGAUGACGGCACAGGAGACAAAGGGGUUUUAUCAUCUCUUUUUUCUGAUAAGAGGACAUCAAAAGUUUUGACGUGUGGUGACGGUGCAUCGUGCGUGAAGCUUCAAUGUAGUCUCCAGGGAUUGGACAGCAACGCCGUCAUCGCGCUGAGAGCUCGCCUGUGGAAUGGCACCUUUAUAGAGGAUUACGCUGAACUAAGUUAUGUCGACAUUAUUGUGAAAGCAUCCCUCAGUCUGACCUCUUCCUCCAAGAACGUAAAACUGACAAAUACAGAUACACAGGUACGAGUGACUGUAUUCCCAGUACGUAAGGCAGCGCAAUACGGAGGUCUACCCUGGUGGAUCAUACUGGUGGCUAUAUUACUGGGCCUGCUCUUGCUGGGCUUAUUGGUCUUCCUGCUCUGGAAGUGCGGAUUUUUCAAACGUUCCAAAUAUGACGACAGCGUGCCGCGUUACAUCGCCGUGAGGAUUAAGAAGGACGAGCGCACACAUCCGCCUGGGAAAGAGCAGCCAGCUUCCAUGGAAAAGAAACAGUGGAUGACGUCUUGGAACGAGAACGAGAGCUACUCCUAGCCUUAUGCUACGUCGGUUGGCAAUGCACACUGAUAUCCUGCUUUAAAAAAACAAAAAACCAAAGACACUUUUUUCUAAGACUUUAAGUGCUUCUUCUUCACACACCCUGAACGUCUGCAUUGUAAAUACCGUAUGACUGACAAAAAUGAAAGGAAGGAUAAAAACCUGUAUUAUGUUUAGAGACUACUUAAAAACAAAAAAAAAACCUGAUAAACAAGAUGAAAAAACGGGAUGGAUAUUUUUCAGCUUCGCUAUGCUUCAAUGAUCUUCACUGUUACAUAUAGUCUGUUGUACAAUGUAUAAUCACAAUAUUCUCCUUACACAACACAGCGGUUAGCAAUCAAUGCUACGUCUAAUUACAGUGUAAUUUUAGUAGUGUUGAGGCUUUUUAAAAGUAAUUUACCAACACAUCUGAGGUAAAUGUUGAUGUUCCUGACAAUUUUAUGCUAUUUACACUAUUCUUCUGCCUUUACAUUUGGGUGUACACAAGACUUGUAGGCUACAUGCUAGCUAGAUACACUUAGCCUCAUUUCCAGGCAGUCUGUUGCCUAGCGACAGUGUUCUCCCAGCUUUACCUCUUGAAGAAGCAGAUUACAUGCAAAUUCACAACAAACUUUACCUACUUGGAGAUAUCACUGUAAAGAAAUUCUGUUUUGCUAGCGAUAGAUAAUAAACCUGUAAUUUGGUUUAAAAUUUGGAUAUUCUGAUAAUAUUAUGAACCGUGAUAGUUUGUGCAAAAACUUUAGAAAUCUAAUAUGGGCGCACACAUCAUUUUGUAUAGACUAAUCGUGUUCGGGGAACUGGUAGUUAUUCUCUGGUUUUCACAAGCAAGCCAAAGAUUCCUCAUGAUUAUUAUUAUUAUUAUUGUGGCGAAAUUUCUAACUCCUAAGUUUCUUUUUUUUCCCUAUUUUUUUUACUCAGAAUCAUUUGAUGAAUGUAAAUAUGUUUUUCCCCUUUAACUGUUAAUUACUGCUUAAUGUUUUUUUUUUUUUGUAAAAUAUGUUUGUUUUAUAAUUAUUAUCAUGAAUUGCGAAUAUUGGUACUGACUUAAGUUUCACAUUGACAUUGCUGUACAGUCGUUUACUUCACUCACACAGGUCAUUUAUUUCAGGGCUUCGGGUAAAAGGACAAGACCGACUGAAAUUUGUUUGUGCAAUCUGGCGCCAUUAAAAAAAAAAAGUAUUAUGUAUUGAUGUAGGUUGACUUAAAGAUGUCAGAAACAAUAAUGGAAAGCCAGAAAUAUUAACCAAGAGGUUGUUACUGUUCGCAAAUAGUUAUUGAGGAGCGAAACACAUUUUAGCACAUAACUCAUAAAUUAGGUGCAAACUUUUUAAUGUCCAAUAAAGGAAAUAAAGAGGAUUUUUUUUAAACAACCAAAAAAAAGUUUAUUACAUAUUUUAUAUUCUACACAAAAUAAGAGAAGACAGUUAUACGAGUAAAAACUACAUUUCUUUUUCUAUAUAAUCCCCUGCUACAAUAAAGCACUUAUCAUGGUAGAACUAAUUUUCAGCACCCAUGAUCUUACUGUCUGCUUCACAUCUGUAAUACUGGCCUCCCAGGCACUCCUUUAAUUGCCAAACAUGUAGAACCAGGUCAAGGUUCAGGGGAUGUAGAAGCAGAAUUCCUGUCCUGUUAUUGUUCUUAAUUUAGUGCCCACGCCCCCCUUUGUCUGCUCUGAGGCUGUAAUGUUGUCAUGAUUAAAUUUGCAUGUGUUAAAUGCGAUCAUAAUUUCACACUUACAGUAUAACAAAGUAAUCGGAAUAAAUUUAAAAAGGUCAAUUCGCUUUUUUUGGUUUUGGGUAUAUGGCUGCAACAAGGAGAAAAGGCAGGGAAUUACUGCUGUAAUUUACAAAUAGCGCAGUGGGCAGCAUGAGGUCGUGCAUUGUCCUGAAAAAAAAAAAAAAAAAAAAAAUACAGGAUGCAUUUGGAGAUCAAACAAGGUCAGUUUUUCCUGAGAGCGUUCCACUCUCUGAAUGUUCAUGGGAACGACUGCAGUGAGUGAUCUCACAAAUGUACAACUUCUUUAAAAUGUUUGCACCAUUCAAAUGUUUUAUUGCACCCGAGUCUUAUCACUGUACUGCACUUAAGGUGGUCUGUAAAUGUCAUCAUGAGAAAUUUUAUCGGUCCCAGUUUGACAUAAACACCCCUAAUAUUCUGCAUUGGUGUGCUUUAGAACUCAAUCUAGAAAGUUUCUGCUGUUUGUAUUUAAGGAUAGUGAAACAGGCACAUUCAUAAAAAUAUUUCAUCUGUUUUUUUUUUUUACUGGAAGUGAGAUUUAUAUCAGCCACAAAAUUCCACACACAACACUUUAUUUAUUUUUCCCUCUAUACUGUAUAUUAUUUUACAAAAAUGAUCCCAGAAUUUACAUCCUUAACUUCAUAACGUUAAGUCAUAUUUAUUUUCAGUUGUCCUACUUCUAAUCCAUAAGAGUUUAAAAAUAAACAGCUCUGUAAAAAAAUAAUUAUUGCAAUAAAUCAUUAUGAAUCCAAAAAUAAAAAAAAU